CUCGGUAAGGCUCGUGAGCCCUGGUGUAUUGGAGAGUGAGUGUUUCCCACAGCUCGUCACCAAACUGAAACCGGAAUGGGAUCAAUUAAUGGGCAUAUUCGCUCGCUUCCAAUAUUUCGACCACUGGACCGAAGAACAGAGACGGGAAUGUUUCGCGAGGGCCAAGGUGAUCGAAUUUAGGCCGGAUCAAACCAUAUUUGUCGAGGGACGAUCUACGGUCAACUAUGUGCACCUUGUGCUCAGCGGACAGUGUGCGGUGUUACAGUGCCUGAAACUAAUCAAAGUUCUGGGCCGAUCGGGAAAAUAUCGGUAUAGCUUAGCUGAUGCGCGUCCAAUAGGGGACGAAAUCGCACAAUUCCACGGAAGGAAAUGCUCUAGCAUGGUUGAACUAGUACAAUCAACGAAACAAUCAAAUGGAACAACGCCUUUAUCUCCCGGAAGAACCACCCCCAACAAUGAUUGCACCCCAAUGGAUCCGUCCAUCAAUUACGAAUUCCAUUUCAUCGAUGUGGCGACCUAUUCGUGUGGGUCGGUUUUCGGCGUUGGCGAACACAUGGACGACCGGAUGGUGACCGCUCGGGAUCGAGUUCAAUGCCUCCUGAUACCGCGCUAUUGGCUGCUGCAAAAGCCGCAAAACGUCAACAAUGUGUGGAGUCGUAUACGGAUUUUUCUCGAGCAGCGCCAACCGUCGAGGAACAAACUAUUCAUUUGGUUUCUCGAUGAGCUUCGUUGGAAGAAAUAUCGACACCAGCUCAAAGAAGAUUGGGCUUCGGUGCAUGCCGCGAAGAAUCCCACGACAUUCUGCAAUGUUCCCGCGCUCUGUCGGAUACAACAAAGUGAUAUAUUUGCAUAGAAAUGUCAUGAUAAUUGUUAAAAUGAGGAGAAAUUAUGUACUGUAAUAGUCAAUACCACAACUAACAAAUAUGGAGCAGUGAUAUUCAAUUUUGUCAUUAUUGUGCAAACACAGAUAAAAAAAAAUAGACGUC